AUGCGGAUGCCCACCUACUUCCUGCUGCUUCUGCUGCUGCUCCUAGGGAACCCACGGACAAGCCUCUCCCACAAGUUCUACAACGCCGGGCCAGUCUUCAGCUGCCUCAACACCGCCCUGUCUGAGGUCAAGAAGAGCAGGCUGGAGCAGGUGCCCAUGAUGAGCAAGGAGAGCUUUGGCCACCUGCCUACCCAAGACCCUUCGGGAGAAGGCGAGGACGAACAAAAGCAGGUCAAGAGCAAAAGAACUUUCUCAGGCGCCGCGGGUGGGAAUGGAGCUGGAAGUGCCCGGUACAGAUACCAGUCCCAAGCACAGCCCAAGGGGAAGCUGUACCCAGACAAGGCCAAAAGCGACCGAGGCACCAAGUUCACCCUGUCCCUUGACGUUCCCACUAACAUCAUGAACAUCCUCUUCAACAUCGACAAGGCCAAGAAUUUGCGAGCCAAGGCAGCUGCCAAUGCUCAGCUCAUGGCACAAAUCGGGAAGAAGAAGUAA